AUGAAGUCUACUACCAUCAUCUUCGCCAUCCUCUCCAGACUUUCCAUCGUAAAGGCAGGAGAACCCGGAGGCCCCAAGGAUCCGGAUAGUCUCUCACGAGGCCCGGUCCCACUUCAUGAGCUCCCCGAAUGCUGGCAGGGCUGUCUCCAAAGCGAGAAUCACUGGUAUCCGCCAAACAUCAACAAGGUCAACGUCUACGACUUCUGCAUGGACACCGGCCUGCACCUCCGCUUCUGGUCUCAGCACUCACUUGCAACAUGCACAGCCGGCGCUUGCAGUAAAGAGGAGGCCUAUAAAGCCCAGGAUUGGUACUUUGACAUCUGCCACUUGAACUAG